AACAGCGCCGCACCGCAAGGGAGAAUGAAAUAUUGUCAUUCAGUCAUUUCCGGAUUAACCACAGCAGAGAGAACAAGUCUUUUCUGUUGAACCGGCUUUAUUUUCUACAGGAUUGGAAAAUCCAUGUACAUCCAAACAAUUGUCGACCAUGCUUUCCUGAAAGAAGCAUGAUCAGCCAAGAAGGCGUGAGAAGUUGAAAUAAAUACUUUGCUGAAAAGCGUUCUGCAAACAUGUAUCUUUACAAUUUGACGCUCCAACGUGCCACUGGCAUUACACACGCCGUCCAUGGCAAUUUCUCCGGCAGUAAAAUGCAGGAAAUUCUUGUUUCGCGAGGGAAAUCCCUCGAAUUGUUGCGGCCGGAUCCGAACACAGGAAAAGUGCACACCCUACUAACUGUCGAAGUUUUUGGUAUUAUAAGGUCAUUGAUGGCUUUUAGGCUGACAGGCGGAACCAAAGAUUACAUUGUCGUUGGCACCGAUUCAGGACGAAUUGUUAUCCUCGAGUAUAAUCCUGUGAAAAAUUCGUUUACAAAAGUACAUCAGGAGACAUUUGGAAAAAGUGGCUGUCGAAGAAUUGUUCCCGGUCAAUAUUUAGCCAUUGAUCCAAAAGGACGUGCUGUUAUGAUUGGUGCAAUUGAGAAGCAGAAAUUGGUGUAUAUUUUGAACAGAGAUCCUGAAGCACGACUGACAAUUUCCUCCCCAUUGGAGGCACACAAAAGUAACACUUUGGUUUAUCACACCGUUGGUGUUGAUGUUGGUUUCGAAAAUCCCAUGUUCGCUUGCCUGGAAAUCGAUUACGAGGAAGCUGAUAGUGAUCCAACUGGUGAUGCAGCCGUGAGAACGCAACAAACAUUAACUUUAUAUGAACUCGAUUUAGGCUUGAAUCAUGUUGUUCGAAAGUAUUCUGAACCUCUCGAGGAACAUGCCAAUUUCCUCGUCUCUGUACCUGGUGGGAAUGAUGGCCCUAGUGGAGUACUUAUUUGUUCGGAAAAUUAUUUAACAUAUAAAAAUCUUGGCGAUCAACACGAUAUUCGUUGUCCAAUUCCAAGGCGACGAAAUGAUUUGGACGAUCCUGAGAGGGGAAUGAUCUUCGUCUGUUCGGCAACGCAUAAAACAAAAAGCAUGUUUUUCUUUUUGGCACAAACUGAGCAGGGGGAUAUUUUCAAAAUUACUUUAGAGACUGACGAGGAUAUGGUUACUGAAAUAAAACUCAAAUAUUUUGAUACCGUUCCUGUUGCUUCCAGUAUGUGUGUACUUAAAACUGGUUUCUUAUUUGUCGCUUCUGAAUUUGGCAAUCAUUACUUGUAUCAAAUUGCGCAUCUUGGCGACGACGAUGAUGAGCCAGAAUUCAGUUCCGCAAUGCCUUUGGAAGAGGGAGACACGUUUUUCUUUGCACCAAGACCUUUGAGAAAUUUGGUACUUGUCGACGAAAUGGAUAGUUUGUCGCCUAUUAUGGCCUGUCAGGUGGCUGAUCUUGCGAACGAAGAUACUCCUCAAUUGUACAUAGCUUGUGGAAGGGGUCCACGAUCAACACUAAGAGUUUUACGACAUGGGCUCGAAGUGUCUGAGAUGGCUGUCAGUGAACUUCCCGGAAAUCCUAAUGCUGUUUGGACAGUGAAGCGACGUAUAGACGAGGAAUAUGAUGCAUACAUCAUUGUGUCGUUCGUAAAUGCAACUUUGGUACUUAGUAUUGGAGAGACUGUCGAAGAAGUAACAGAUUCUGGUUUUCUGGGCACAACACCAACAUUAAGUUGUUUUGCUUUAGGAGAAGAUGCUCUAGUGCAGGUUUAUCCCGAUGGUAUUCGUCACAUACGCUCAGAUAAGCGUGUCGAUGAAUGGAAAGCUCCGGGAAAGAAGACAAUAGUUAAAUGUGCAGUUAAUCAACGACAAGUUGUAAUUGCUCUCACUGGAGGUGAAUUGGUUUAUUUCGAAUUGAACGCUACUGGUCAAUUGAACGAGUACACGGAAAGGAAGAAAAUGCCCUCCGAGGUAAUGUGCAUGGGAUUGGGUAAUGUGCCAUAUGGUGAACAACGAUUUCCAUAUCUCGCGGUUGGUCUUCAAGAUAACACAGUGAGAAUAAUGUCCCUCGACUCGAAAGACUGUCUCUCGCCGCGGAGCAUGCAGGCACUGCCAGCGGCUGCCGAAAGUCUGUGUAUCGUUGAAAUGGGUUUGAAGGACGCCGACGGUUCGGACGAUGCUCGACCAAAGCAAUCGAGCUUCUACCUGAACAUUGGUCUGCAAAAUGGAGUGUUGUUGAGAACCGUGUUGGACCCAAUAUCCGGUGAUUUGGCAGAUACACGCACGAGAUAUUUAGGUUCGCGCGCAGUAAAACUCUUUAGAAUUCGAAUGCAGGGCAAUGAAGCCGUACUAGCAAUGAGUAGCCGUUCGUGGUUGAGUUACUAUUACCAAAAUCGUUUCCAUUUGACGCCACUGUCUUAUGAAAGUCUGGAAUUUGCCUCCGGCUUUAGCUCUGAACAAUGUCCUGAGGGUAUUGUCGCCAUUUCAACCAAUACCUUGAGAAUUUUAGCACUCGAAAAACUCGGUGCCGUAUUUAAUCAAGUGAGUUUUCCGUUGGAAUAUACGCCGAGGAAAUUUACAAUUCAUAAUGAUUCGGCACAUUUAUUGGUACUUGAGACGGAGCAUAAUGCUUACACUGAGGAGACAAAGCAUCAGCGACGAUUGCAAAUGGCUGAAGAGAUGCAGGAAGCAGCAGGCGCUGAAGAAGCUGCAGUUGCACGGGAAUUAGCCGAAGCGUUUCUCACCGAGGAAUCGAAUGAAGCCGUUUUUGGAGCGCCAAGAGCUGGACCUGGACUGUGGGCUUCUUCGAUUCGAAUUAUUAAACCAACAACUGGGAAGACUCUGGAAAAAUACGAACUGAAACAGAAUUUAGCAGCUUUAAGUUUAGCAAUGGUGAAAUUCGCAAAUCAAGGAAAUCAACAAUUUUUGAUUGUCGGCGUGGCCAAAGAUUAUCAGCUCAAUCCUAGAAUUAGUAACGGUGGUUAUCUCUAUACAUACAAGAUAACGGAAAAUUGUAUGAAAUUAGAAUUGUUGCAUGAGACAGUUGUCGAUGAGAUUCCACUCGCUAUUUGCCCCUAUCAAGGCCGUGUUUUGGUUGGCGUUGGCAGGAUGCUUCGAUUAUAUGACAUGGGAAAGAAGAAGUUAUUACGAAAAUGUGAAAAUAAACACAUCCCCAAUGCAAUUGUCAGUAUCAACGCCGUUGGCCAUCGCAUUUACGUGAGCGACGUUCAGGAAUCUGUUUACGCUGUAAGAUACAAGCGGCAAGAGAAUCAACUGAUUGUGUUUGCCGAUGACACUCACCCUCGAUGGAUCACAACGACUUGCGUUUUAGAUUACGACACAGUUGCUACUGCUGAUAAAUUUGGAAACAUUGCUGUGAUAAGAUUGGCAACGGGAGUAAAUGACGACGUGGAUGAAGAUCCGACCGGAAAUAAAGCAUUAUGGGAUCGAGGGCUAUUGAAUGGAGCGAGUCAAAAGGCAGAAACAGUUGCUUGCUUUCACAUCGGCGAAACAGUGAUGUGCUUGCAAAAGGCAACUCUCAUACCUGGCGGUUCAGAGAGUUUAGUUUACACAACUCUAAGUGGGACUGUAGGCGUUCUUGUGCCAUUCACAAGCAAUGAGGAUCACGAUUUCUUCCAGAGCUUAGAGAUGCACAUGCGCUCCGAACAUCCACCACUUUGCGGUCGUGAUCAUCUCUCCUUCAGAUCGUACUAUUAUCCCGUGAAAAAUGUCAUUGAUGGUGAUUUAUGCGAGCAAUUCAACUCAAUUGAGCCUACAAUUCAAAAAAGUAUUGCCGGCGAUUUAGACAAAACAUCGUCUGAAGUGUCCAAGAGAUUGGAAGAUAUUCGAACGCGUUACGCCUUCUAAAGUUAUAAAGACUUUUGUUUAUGAUCUCUACAGUAUUUUUUACUUUUCAUUUUUAAUACUAGGAGAAUUCUGUUUGGAUUAGAAACUGAUAAGGUAAACAAAAACUAUUUAUGUAUUUGCAAGUUCAAAAAAACUUUUUUUGAAGUUAAUUUUUGUUUUUUAAAUUACGAUUAGAUUAUAAUUUGUUUUCGUUAAAGUGUUGAACGAAAUAGACAAAUACAAGGUUCAAAAUUAAUGUAUUGAAUUGUUAAGAAUUUUUUAUCCUUUUUGUCAAUAUUAAGAUGAGAUUUUUAAUGUCAUAGAUAUUUUUAAUUAAAGAUGAAUUGUGUGAUUUAAAGGGAUAAAAAGUUUUUCUCUGUGAGAGAUGAAAUAGUUGACGACCAUUUUAUAAAGUCAGUUUUAAACUUUUGUGUGCUUUCAUUAUAAAAGAAAAAACAACUAGGAUAAUAAAACUUGAAUAGCUUUAAUAGUAAUAAAA